AUGGAUAAAGUUUUGAGACCUGAACGGUUUGAUGUUAUUCCGAACGCCCAAGGCGCUGCAAAACGCCGGACGCACUGGCUCGCGACAUUUGAGAACUUCAUCGAUGCAAUACCGUCCAUUCCUGAUACCCGAAUAAAUAAACUACACAUUCUGGCGAAUUAUGUCACCUCUGAUGUUUAUCAACUGUUCUGUGAUACUGAAACCUACGAUGAAGCCAUCACUACGCUGAAAACCUUAUAUGUCAAGCCUCCGAACGAGAUUUUUGCUCGGCAUAAAUUUGCAACACGGAAACAACAAGCAGGCGAAACCCUUGACGAAUACCUACAAGAACUGAAACACCUAAGUAAAGACUGCAAUUUUCGUCAAGUCUCUGCUGCUCAAUAUCGGGAUGAAGCAAUUCGGGAUGCUUUCAUUAGUGGUCUAUUGUCGGGAAGCAUUCGACAACGUUUACUGGAGAAUAAACAGUUGGAUUUACAAACGGCAGUUGAUCAAGCUCGAGCUUGGGAUUUGGCACAAAAAUCAUCGGAGACAUACAAUUCGAAUCCCUUCACAAGCGCUGCUGUUACGGCAUCUAACGGACAUGACGAAAAUAAUGAAGAAGGACUAAGCGAGAGGUAUUUAGCCUCCACUUCACGUUCCGCUAAGUGCUUCUUUGUGGUAAUAAGCAACACCCCGGUCAUUAUGCCCUGCGAAAGAAGCUAUUUGUAA